UUGUCAUCUAUUGCAUUUCGAGGUUUGGAAUUUAUUGAAUGUGUAUCAAUAAUGACAUUCUUAUUAAACCUUUUUAUUUGUUUAAAUAAUUCAUUUUAUUUAAAAUAACAUGUUUUUAUAAAAUUCUAAGAAUUUAAAUGUAGAAUUGUAAAAGGGCGUGCUGCAUUGAAAAUCAUGUGUUAUCUUUAUCUUUGGUUGAAUGGAGUUUGAGGUUAGAAGAUAUGACAAAACAGACGUGAAUUUUCGUGAACUGUUUGUAGUCUAUUCAUAUCCACGAGACGUUGUAAUUUUAAAAAUCAUUAUCCCCUCUUCGAAUCCAUUUAAAAGCCUACUUUCAAAAUAAGCUCUUGUCCUAUUUCAACAAUUUUCUGUAAAACAUUAUUUUUUUACAAUGGCCCUCCUAGGGGCUCAGCUAGUCAUUACGCUUGUAAUGGUCAGCUUGAUACAGAAACUGAGUCCAUAUUUUUCAUUUGGUCGAUGGAUUUUAUGCUCUACAGGUCUGACGAGGUAUUUAUAUCCAACGGACCAGCAAUUAAAAUUAUUAGCUGGGAUACCAAAAGAAAAACCUAAAAAAGGAAAACAUCAAGAAAAUGGAAGAACUCCACAAACUUUUCAUGUUCCUCGAAAUUUAGAUAUUACAUUAGAAAAUGCUCAAGUUACUCAUCUAGAUGUGGUACAUUUAAAAUAUUAUUCAGAAUUUCAGUGGUUGGUAGACUUUUCUGUCUACGCUGCAUUAACAUACGUUCUAACAGAGGUUUACAACUAUUUUUAUCCUAUCAAGGAUGAAAUCAACCUCAGUAUGCUAUGGUGCACUCUAGUCAUAGGAUUUGCAUUUAAGAUGUUAGUCGUGCUUUGGAUUCAGUACUUUAAAGGUGAAGAAAGUGUUGGAGAAAGAUCUACAUGUAUAGUAACAGGAUUCAUGUACUUGCUAAUUGCAAUGAUGAUUCUUAUUGUCGAUGAAAAUACGUUAGAACUUGGGUUAGAUAAAGCAUACUCUAGUUUUAAUGUCAGUGCAACUAAAUUUCUUGGAGAACAAGGACUUUCAUCUACUGGUCCAGCUUCAAAAAUUGUUCUAAAAUUUUUCUUAGCCGUUUGGUGUGGAUGGCUAGGAUCUCUAUUCACAUUUCCAGGGCUUAGAAUGUCUAGAAUGCACUGGGAUGCAUUAAGGUAUUACAAAAGCAAAAUAUUUUUGGUUCUCGCAAAUAUAAGCUUUGUUUCUCCACUCUUUUUGGUAUGUUUAUGGAUCAAACCAAUCAGCAGAGAUUAUUUAACUGCAAGAGUAUUCACAGGAAUGACUGGACCAAUAAUGUCAGUUGAUGCAUUUGAAAGUAUGAGGCUGAUUGCAGUUGUAGGAGUUGUAGUAUUAAAGUUAGCUCUCAUGCCUAUGUAUUUACAAGCUUAUCUAAAUCUUGCAGAACAAAGAAUCGAAAAUCAAAAGAAGGAAGCUGGCAGAAUAACAAAUCUUGAUUUGCAAAAAAAAAUUGCUGCAGUUUUUUAUUAUCUUUGCGUCGUCACAUUACAAUUCGUGGCACCGUUAUUAAUGUGUUUAUUUUUUACCUUCAUGUACAAAAAUUUAGGAGGUUAUUCAUGGAAUGGAGAUGCUAUGUUUCUACCAUCAGAUGAAUGUUCUGUUAAUGAAGAGUCUCAAAUAAAUUUGAAUGUUAAUACUGAUGAAGUAAUAGAAGCAACAGAAAAAACAUUUACAGAGACUGCUGAAGACUUGCAUCUAGCAUUAGGCUCUUUGAAACAAAUUUUUACUACGGAAGUAUUUAGAGGAGUAUUCGGUCUAGCAACUUGGUGGAGUUGUUUCGCAUUAUUUGCAACAAAUGCAAUGGGAAUGUUAUGUCAAUCCUACUUCUCGACUUCGUAGCCAACGAUUGAAACUUCAUAAGUGAAACAGACGCACAUUAAUUAAUAUAUAGAAUGAUUUUAAUUGUACAUACUUUGAGUAAGCGACUGAUAGAAUGAAUAAUUUAUCUGGAAUAAAUCUCUUUGAAAAAUUGUUUAUAA